GACCUCUAAUCCUGUCGUCUGCUUGAAUAGAACUAUUUGGAAAAUACUUUUGUAAAAUAUGAAUUUAAUUGAAGACGAAUCAAUUUUAGAAGUAUAUUUAAAGAAAAAAUAUGAUGUUAUAGAUCCUGUUACCAUUCGUGUAAAAAACGUAGAGAUGAAGAUGGAACUGCUACGAAAAUAUUCGUCAUUUCCAUUAACUCUUGGAACGUUUUUGGGAGAUGUCUUCCAGACUGAUGUUCCCGACGGGUUUACAAAUGCGUUAAGAUGGAAUAGUGGCAAAACUCUACUUUUUAUAGCACAAUGCGAAAUACUUUUCCUGCCUGCAUUUUAUACGAUGCUAAAGAGUAAAAAAUCAUUCGAGAAUUUUGGAGGAUAUUUCCUUACACAUAAUAUAAAAUCCUCAUCAGCAUGGGAAAAAUAUAUCAUAAAAACAUUAGACGGUCAAGAUAUCGUGUAUUUUACAAGUAGAUCAGUAAUGGUUGAUUCCAAGAAGAGAAAACCCAUAACCGAUUUUUUUGACAGAGACUUCUCAAGAGAAAAGAUUUAUACUAGGUGGUCUCAUAGCUUACCUGAUAGAAUUGUCAAAUUAAUAAACCUAGGAAAGCCCGAUGGAAUAACAGAACAUACCAUAGAUGAUAAUGAUAUAGAUGCUAAUAACCAUACAAAUUUUAUGGUUUAUAUUCAUCUAACGGAAAGGUGUAUUAAGAAACUUUCACCGGAAAGAAAUCAAGUAAAAAAGGCAAAUAUUUCUUAUAAGGGUGAAUGUCUACUUGGAGAUGUUCUGAUUGCAAACUGUUGGAAAAUUAAUGAAUUCUAUUUUUACUUUGAAAUAGUGGUUAAAGACAGAUUAGUUACUUUGGGUAAUAUUGAAUAUUUUAAUAAUGAAUCCUCGUACCCUUCAAAAUUAUAA